CGCUACCUAAAUGGCUGUACGUCGAGACUACCUGUACGUAAGCUACGCCGUACCUGGAAGCGUUUGGCCACAUCGGGCUAGCGCAGGCGCGUCUCGCGUGCUUCACUUCCCGCACUUCUGACUUCGUGUUGACUGCGAAACUACCAACGAUGCUCAAUACACUCCCAUCACAGCAUGUCAACCCGAGUACGACAAUCGACUGCUGCGCCGUCGCAGAGGCGAUCAGGCAAUGAGCCACCGCCUUACGAGAAACCAACCUUCCCCCUCAACCCUGCUGCACAACGAUCGCUCGGACAAUUGCUCCAGACACACACUUUGAAUAAGCUCGAUGGCAAUAUCGUGGAGGCGCAGAAGGCGCUUUCUGGAGCCGCAGGGGAUAUCAAUGAUCGCCUGACGGCCAAAGAUCGGGCCGUGCAGAAGCAGAGGCAGGCGCACUCAUCCAGCGACGGUCCAAGUGAAGCUGGCGACGACUUGGAGCAACGCCUUGCGGAACUCCGCGACAAGGUGGAUCGCAUGACGCAGCGGAUGGACGAGAGUAUGCGCAAAAUGAUUGAUGGUCGGCACAGCCUGCAGUCCGCGCAAGGGGCACUCGAAAAGGCCGCGCAGGAUGCCAGACUGCAGGCAAGUACACAAGCCAGCGCCCAGAACAUCAGACCCCAAAGACAACGGAGACGCAACCUUGACGAUGGCAGCGCAGAUGGUGAGGACGACGACGACGAGUAUCAAGACUUCGAGCCAACCGACCCCACCGCCGGCACUCAGGGCCUUUCAUCAGCGUUGGAGAAGUUCAAGACGCAGCUCGACGACGCCAAGACACGCUACCAAUCACACAGUCUCACCGCACGCUAUGCCGACAACAACGAGUAUCGUGACUUUCGCCGGGUCGUCCACGAUGCCAAACAUCCUGAUGGAGAUGUGCAACUGGCCCACCAUACAGAGUGGUUUCACGAAGGCGAUGCUCCGGCUCCCGGUGUCACAACUCGAGGUCGAGCAAAUGCGGAAGAUGACGAUGACGAUGACAUCGCCGUGGCUCGCGCUACCAUCAGCACCAAGUGCCCGUUGACUUUGCAGGAGUUGAAGUCGCCCUUGACAUCCCGCAAGUGCCCGCACAGUUUCGAGGCCGAGGCCAUCUUGUCGAUGAUUACCGGCUCAUCGAAUCGCGAGCAAGGCCGGCCCAAUGGAGAGCGCUAUGUUCAGUGCCCGGUGACGGGCUGCUCUCAGACGUUGACACGCGGAGAUCUGCAUACCGACAGCGUGUUGGUCCGCCGGAUCAAACGGCUUCAGCGUGCGAGGGAGCUUCAAGAUGACGACGCGGAAGAUGAGCACAACGGCGGCGGACCAAGAUCUACGGUGAUUGAAGACGUGGACGAGGACGCUGCGGACGUGGACGACAUUGUGGCGGGUCGCGUGAUCCAGCAAACACAGAUGAAGUCUGAGCCAAAGGGGACCAGAUCGACCGUACCCCCGGCAAGCAGCGCUCGCGUGGUGGAUCUUGGGAGUAGCAGCGAUGAAGAGGAGGCGGACGAAGAUGAGAUAAUGGAGGAAUAGGCGCCGGAUGUGAUGUGGAGUCUCACAUGCACACUGAACACGGGGUUGAUUGGAAUGUGUCGGUAUAGCGAGGAGAUGUGAUAUCC